AUGAAGCCAUUUAUAACUGGACAUGAAGAUCUAAUUCACGAUAUAUGCUACGAUUUCUACGGAAGGCAUGUUGCUACUUGCUCAAGUGAUCAACAUAUAAAGGUUUUUCGAUUAGAUAAUGAUACAAACGAAUGGGAGCUUAGUGAUUCGUGGAAAGCCCACGACAGCAGUGUGGUAUCCUUAGACUGGGCCUCUCCUGAAUAUGGACGUAUAAUUGCAAGUGUAUCCUAUAACAAAACAAUCAAGUUGUGGGAGGAGAACCCAGAUGCCCCAGAACGAUCUGGUAAGCGUUGGACAAAACUAUGUACAUUAAACGAUGCUACUGGUCCAUUAUACAGUGUGCGUUUUGCUCCAGGUCACCUGGGGCUAAGAUUAGGUGCAAUUGGUAAUGAUGGGAUUCUGCGUGUUUAUGAUGCUCUAGAGCCUUCCGACCUGCGGUUUUGGACAUUGACUUCUGAGGUAAAGGUGCUACUUAACCCCCCCGCAUCUCACCUCCAGUCAGAUUUCUGCCUGGACUGGUGCCCCUCGCGUUUCUCUGCAGAACGUCUAGUUGUGUGCGCACUAGACCAAGCGUUUAUCUAUGAGCGUGACAAACACGGAAAACUAUACAAUGUUGCCAAGUUACCGGGACAUCAAAGUCUUAUCCGCUCUGUCAGUUGGGCACCCUCUUUUGGUAGAUGGCACCAGCUCAUAGCCACUGGUUGCAAGGAUGGCAAGGUAAGGAUUUUUAAGCUCACUGAGAAGGUAGACAAUGGCGCGGAUAAUGUACCUGAAGACGUCGUCAAUUCUGAAGCCGGCGAAGGCUCAAUGCUUACUAAUCGUAAAUCUGACGUGGUUGUAGAGCUUGUAAGUGAGCAUCCGGACCACAAUGACGAGGUUUGGUCGGUUUCUUGGAACCUCACAGGCACAAUAUUGAGUAGUUCCGGCGACGAUGGUAAGGUUCGUAUAUGGAAGUCGUCCUUUUCCAACGAAUUCAAAUGCAUGAGUGUCAUUAGAGCGCAAAAGAGAAAGUAA